UCCAAAGGCUUCAUUCUCAAUUUAAUUAGAAAAACGAUCAUUCUGAGAAAGAUAUCAACGAGGAUUUAUUACUGAGGGAAUUAUAGGCGCAGUGUGUAGGAGGCCAAAAGAACACAGGUGAUCCAGUAACCCAAGUAAGUAGCCUAUCGAAGCAAGAGACAAGAAGAGAUCGGGAUGGUGUUCAACAGCCUGAUCGUGGUGUCGGUAGCACACGUGUCGGCGGAGGUGUGGCAGCACGUGGCGUGCCUGCCGGAGCAUCUGAGCAGCAGUCAGCUGUUGGAUCUUGUAUGCUUCAUCCCUCUGCAGGAGUUGGGUCGUCUGGCUCUCUGCCUUUGGACCUUCCUCUGCGUCCCUCCUCCCGACUCCUUCUACUCCCGUUACUCCGAUGACUCUGACGUCUCCGACUCCGACUCCUCCACCACCGUUGACUACGACGACUAUUACUACCACCCCCAUUCCGAUUGAUCCACUCCUUCCCUCCUUCCUGGAAAGUUGCUUCCUUUUCUUUUAUGGAUUAUUGGUUUUGUGCAUAUUUUCAUUAUUGAGUGAUGAAUUGCUUCAAUAUAGGUUCUUCAGAGUUCUAACAGUGCCCAAAGCAUUAGCCUUUUUACAACAGUACUAAAUGUGUGGCUGCGCCAUUGCCUUGUUAUCUAUUGUAUAGCUACUAAGUUGUGGCAUUAGUUUAUAUAUGUGAUAGACUACUCAGAGUGAAUACUUGCAUUGCUGAUAUGUAGGAUGGUAUACUCUAUACAUUGGCUGCCACACAUUCUCUUGAUAAUUUCCGCACAUUAUUCUGGUAGAUUGCGCAAGUCAUCAUGCUAAACAAAAAUUUUAGCAUUGAUCAGGUUCUCUCAUUCACAAACUUGAUUGUAAGAGUGAUCUCAAACUUGAAUUUCAUAUGUGCAUAA